GCUGCCGCCGUGGCAUCAAAUGUCUGCUUUCUUCCAUUGCUAUCUUUUCUAUGUGAAAGAUCUGAAACAGUAUUUGCGAACAAAAUAACUCUCGGUACUUCACUUUCCCCCACUAUUCAUCCCACUUCACAAUAACACAAUCGUGUGGACUGCAAAUCGUGAUGAUCCUCCUGUCUCCUCAAAUUCAAGGCUAGUUCUAGCAAUGAACGUGAAAGGAACGAUGAUGCUUUUUGGGCCUCAAAUACGCAGGACGCAACUAUCUCACAACUUAGUCUUAAUCUUACAGGCUUUCUCUGCGUGGGCAGUGAUAUGAAUACCAUUAAGGUUAUUGCCCCUAGCAGACAAAUUGGAUAGAACACACGCUUUAUCUACUGUGCAACACUGGAUGUAGAUGGUAAUUUUAGAUUGUAUGUUCACACAUUUAAGAAAAAUGCUGGCUUCGUUAGCCAAAUUGUGUGGCAAGCUAUUUCGGAUUAUUGUCAAGUCAAUGGAUUUUGUGGCUUGAAUAGUUAUUGCUCUAUCGUUACAGGCAAAGCUGUAUGUAAGUGUUAUCCUGGAUUCAGGCCAGUCAAUAAUGGGAUCAUCAACAACAUGUUCUUGGUUUGUGAACAGAUCAUAAAAAAUGACUGUAUCACCAGUGAAGAUCCAAGGAUGCUAUACAAUGUUAGCAAUCCAUUGCAACAUAUGCAGUGAAGCCUUGUUCCUUAUUUGGUUAUUUCAUUGGAAAUGGAAGCUUGUGGGAAUUCUUGCCAGGAAGAUUGUGAUUGUGGGGCAGUGUUACAUGAAGAUGGAAUCUGCAUGAAGUAUAGGCUUCCGCUUAGAUUUGGCAGAAUCAAUCCAAAUUCAACAGCCACAGCCCUCUUCAAGUUGCCUUCAGGAAUUAUCAUAACUACUACUCCAAAUCCAAAAGAGGCCUUUCGUUCUUGUUGAUCACAAGAAAAUCUUAUUUUAACUCUGAUCUUCACUUUAGGCUCAAUUUCAUUUGCUUUCCUAGUCUUUGCAAUGUCUAUUUUCUUCAUCUACAAGUGUCAAGUCCAUUCAUGCAGAAAGCUAUUUGCAAGUGCAAAUCUAGGAUUUACCAAGGAUUGCAGUCUAUGAAUUUUUUCCUUUGAUGAAUUGGGAAUUCAACAGGAAAUUUCACAGAACAAGUUGGUAGAGGAUCUUUUGGAGUGGUUUACAAAGGAAUGAUUCAAGGAAGCAACAGAAGGAUUGCUGUGAAGACGCUAGACAUUGUUGUUGAUGGAGAGAAAGAAUUUCAAACUAAAAUCACUACAAUUGGUCAAACUCAUCACAGAAAUCUAGUUCAGCACAUUGGUUAUUGCAUUGAUGGUUCAAGAGAGCUUCUUGUCUAUGAAUAUAUGAGCAACGGAUCUUUAGCAGAUUUUUUGUUCAAGUGUAAUAUACGUCUAUCUUGGAAAAAAAGAGUCAAGAUUGCAUUGGAUGUAGCAAAAGGAGUCUUAUAUCUUCAUGAUGAAUGUGAAGUUUGUAUUGUCCAUUGCAACAUCAAGCCCCAAAACAUACUCAUGGACGAAGUAUGGACAGCAAAAAUAUCUGAUUUUGGAUUUGCAAGGCUAUCAAUGCCAGAACAUUCAAGAGCCACAACAAUAGAUGAAUCAACAAGUGGCUACAUGGCACCUGGACGGCAUAAAGAUGCAUUGGCAUCAAUUAAAAUAGACAUCUAUAGUUAUGGUGUGGUGCUGUUGGAGAUUAUAUGUUGCAGAAGGAAUAUAGAUAUCAAUGUUUUAUCAGAAGAGGAACUAAUUCUUUUAAGUUGGGUGUAUAAGUGCUUUGUGAAAGGGGAAUUGAGCAAACUAGUAGUGGAUGAUGAAGAUGUGGAGUGGAAGACGAUGGAGAGAAUGGUGAUUGUAGACUUAUGGUGUGUCCAGGAAGACUUGUCUUUACGUCCUUCAAUGAGGAAAGUGAUACUGAUGCUUGAAGGUUUAAAGGAAAUUCCAAUUCCUCCAUCUCCAACCCCUUGUUUGAUCUUUUAUGAAUUAAUUAAUUUAAUUUUGUAUUCAUCUUUAAGUUUGAAUUUUCAUGUGUGAUGUGAAGUGUGUUUGAUAUCAUAAAAGCUUGAUUAAUGAUAGAGCACAAGCCAUAAUGACAUCAUGCAAUCUAUGUAGCCGAUCCUAUGUAGUGCGAUAAGGCUUGUUGUUGUGUUAGUGGAUCCAUUAGAGCAGCUA